CGUCUGGCUAAGUUUCCUGUAGGCUUUAGAGGCAGUGCCCCCUUUGUAAAUAAUCAUUCGGCAAGUUGUUUGGACGCGGCUCUGCUGUCAGUGUAGGACUCCGGGCUGGCUGCGUCCUUCGUCGGACGCCGCUAAAGAGCGUUUCCAUGCUGUCAGGAAAAUCUUCUGUAAACUGGGAAUUUGACAUCUGGCUUUAGGGUUAAACAACUAGAGUUUCUGAAACAGUUUAAACUUCGCUGAGGUUUCGCACAAAGACUGGAUCGAGAGGAUCAAACUGAGAAGGCUGUGACUGCUGGGCUGAAGGGACAGGAUGGGGAGCCGGGGGCACUACCGGUACCACUGGCAGAGUCACAAUGUCAAACACAGCGGGGUGGAUGACAUGGUGCUGCUCAGCAAGAUCAAUGAGGACGCCAUCGUGGACAACCUCAAGAAGAGAUACAUGGAUGACUACAUCUUUACAUACAUUGGUCCUGUGCUCAUCUCCAUCAACCCUUUUAAGCAGAUGCCGUACUUUGGGGAAAAGGAAAUCGAGAUGUAUCAGGGCGCAGCUCAGUAUGAGAACCCUCCUCACAUCUACGCUCUGGCAGAUAACAUGUACAGAAACAUGAUGAUUGACCGUGAGAACCAGUGUGUCAUUAUCAGUGGAGAGAGCGGUGCAGGGAAGACUGUGGCAGCCAAAUAUAUCAUGAGCUACAUAUCCAGAGUGUCAGGGGGUGGACCCAAAGUUCAGCAUGUCAAAGACAUCAUCCUUCAGUCCAACCCACUGCUAGAGGCCUUUGGCAAUGCCAAGACUUUGAGGAAUAACAACUCCAGCAGAUUUGGGAAGUACUUUGAGAUCUGGUUCAGCUCUGGUGGUGAACCAGACGGAGGGAAAAUCUCUAACUUCCUUCUGGAGAAGUCACGUGUUGUCAUGAGGAAUCCUGGCGAAAGGAGUUUCCAUAUAUUCUAUCAGUUGAUAGAAGGAGCCAGUGGAGAGCAGAAGAGCAGCUUGGGAAUCACAAGUCUGGACUACUAUAGUUACCUCAAUCAGUCUGGCUCCUACAAAGUGGACGACAUCAACGACAAGAGUGAAUUCCAGGAGACAAUGCAUGCCAUGCAUGUGAUUGGCAUCUCAGCAGAGGACAGUGCCAUGGUUCUUCAGAUUGUGGCUGGAGUCCUGCACCUGGGAAAUAUCAAUUUCAGGGAAUCAGGCAACUACGCUGCUGUGGAGAGUGAGGAGUUUUUAGCCUUUCCUGCAUUUCUGCUUGGAAUUGACCAGAACCGUCUGAGGGAGAAACUGACGAGCCGGAAGAUGGACAGCAAGUGGGGAAAUACAAAGGAGUCUAUUGACGUGACACUGAACGUGGAGCAGGCGUGUUACACACGAGACGCUCUCUCUAAAGCUCUGCAUUCUCAUGUGUUUGACUACCUAGUUGAGUCUAUCAAUAAAGCCAUGGUGAAGGACCAUCAGGAGUUAAAUGUCGGAGUGCUGGACAUUUAUGGAUUUGAAAUUUUUCAAAAAAAUGGAUUUGAACAGUUCUGCAUUAACUUUGUGAAUGAGAAGCUCCAGCAGAUAUUCAUUGAGCUGACUCUCAAGGCAGAGCAGGAGGAGUAUGUGCAGGAGGGCAUCAAGUGGACUCCUAUUGAUUACUUCAACAACAAAAUCGUCUGCGAUCUCAUCGAGAGCAAAAAUCCUCCUGGCAUCAUGAGCAUCCUGGACGAUGUAUGCGCCACCAUGCAUGCGGUGGGCGAAGGAGCCGACCAGACCAUGCUGCAGAAGCUCAGAGUCCAGAUCAACACCCAUGAGCACUUCAACAGCUGGAAUCAGGGCUUCAUCAUCCACCACUAUGCUGGCAAGGUGUCCUACGAUGCAGAGGGCUUCUGCGAGAGGAACCGAGAUGUCCUUUUUACUGACCUCAUUGAGUUGAUGCAGAGCAGUGAAAUCGCCUUCAUCAGAGCACUGUUUCCAGAAAACCUCAACGCUGAGAAGAAGGGUCGACCCACAACUGCAGGCAGCAAAAUAAAGAAACAAGCCAAUGAUUUGGUGAACACACUGAUGAAAUGUACUCCACACUACAUUCGUUGUAUCAAACCUAAUGAAACCAAGAAGCCCAGGGACUGGGAAGAGAGCCGAGUAAAGCACCAGGUGGAGUAUCUGGGUCUGAAGGAAAACAUCAGGGUGAGGCGUGCUGGCUACGCCUACCGCAGAUUCUUCAGGAAGUUCCUCAACAGGUACGCCAUCCUAACCAAAGAGUCCUGGCCAACGUGGCAAGGGGAUGAGAAACAAGGCGUCCUUCAUCUCUUACGAUCUGUCAACAUGGACCAGGAUCAGUUUCAGCUCGGUCGCACCAAGAUCUUUAUUAAAGCCCCUGAGUCGCUCUUUCUGCUGGAAGAGACGAGAGAUCGCAAGUUUGACGGCUACGCCAGGACCAUCCAGAAGGCCUGGAGGAAAUAUAUGGCCCGCAAGAAGUACGUCCAGAUGAGGGAAGAAGCUUCUGACCUGCUGUUGAACCGGAAAGAGAGACGGAGACACAGCCUCAACAGAAACUUCAUAGGCGACUACCUGGGUAUGGAUGACAGGCCUGAACUUCGGCAGUUUCUAGGCAAGAGAGAUAAGAUCGACUUUGCAGACAAAGUCACAAAAUAUGAUCGCCGGUUCAAGGGGAUUAAGAGAGACUUAAUCCUGACCCCAAAAUCUGUGUACCUGGUUGGAAGAGAAAAGGUGAAACAAGGGCCAGAGAAAGGGCAGGUGACCGAGGUGCUGAAGAGGCGGAUUGAUGUGGAGAAAAUCUUAGCGGUGUCUCUCAGCACAAUGCAGGAUGAUUUCAUGAUCUUACAUGAACAGGAGUAUGACAGCCUGCUGGAGUGCAUCUUUAAGACAGAGUUCAUCAGCUUACUGGCUCGCAGGUUUGAGGAGAAAACACAGAGGAAGCUACCACUGAAGUUUAGCAACACACUGGAGAUGAAGUUGAAGAAAGAGAACUGGGGCUUCUUGAGUGGGGGCGGCUCUCGGCAGGUCGUGUUUGUCCAGGGUCAGGGAGACAUGCCUGUACUGAAGCCUUCGAGCAAAUCCCUGCAGGUCAGCAUCGGCCCUGGGCUUCCCAAGAAUACACGCCCCACCAGGAAGAGCUUCACUCAGAGUCGCUCUAACAUGUCCAGAACCCACCAGAACAUCCCAUCCCGGACUGCACCGGGCCCUCCAGGUCCUCACCAGAAUGGUGGCCCGAAACACACUAGCCACGUAGCCAGUGAGAGAAACAACGCAAUGCACCCCUUCCUGCCCAGUACCAUCAGCCAGCUGAAGGACCGAGGCAGCAGUCGACCGCAGCCCAACCUGGACUGUCUGAGAGUCCCUGAUCAAGGAGCGGCAGGCAGUGGAGACAGAGGGCCAGCUUCAAAUGGAAGAAUGGCCCACAGACCAUCAGCUAGCAAGCCUCAGCCUGGAGGAGGACGACCCAAACCCGCACCCAAACCAAAACCCCAGGUGCCCCAGUGCAAAGCUUUGUACGCCUAUGAUGCUCAGGACACAGACGAGCUCAGCUUCAAUGCCAAUGACAUUAUCGACAUCAUCAAAGAGGAUGGAUCCGGAUGGUGGACAGGACGACUUCGUGGGAAGCAGGGACUUUUCCCCAACAACUACGUCACCAAGAUCUAGCAGCUGCUGGUUUACAGCGUGAAGAGGAAAGCCUGCCCUGCCCCCACCGGGCCUCUCAGAGGACAGGCUGGAGCUUUCAGUCAGAGAAAGAAGCACAGAGGAGAGAAACUCACACUUCUUCCACUACUGCCUUGUAGUAAAUGAAUGUACCUCUUGGUUUACACCACCAGACCAAAAUACCAUCAGGCUUUAAAUGAGGCUCUGCUUUAAAGACAGUUUGACCCAAUGGUCUGUUUCCCUGCUCAGUCCCUUUGAGUACUGAACAAAACUAUUUAUUGUAUUUAUAGCCCUCUCUUUACUGUCAUUUAUAUCUUACUGAGGAUUUGAGUUCAAACUUGUUAAAGUGCUGGAAUGAAGUAUGCUAAUUUUUUUGGGACCAGGCUGUGAUUUUUAUUCUCAACAUGUUUUUAGAUGAAGAAUUGAGAUUAUCUCAGUGUCAAAACAUAAGUGACUGCUGUUUUACCAGGUAUAUUUAUUUUCGGUGUAAAACUGUAACUACUUCCUGACAACGGACAUUCGGUAAAUCACCACACUGUAAUUGUCAUACCAAAGUAAUAUAAAUUUUAACAGUUGUGUUCCAAAAAGGAUCGGAACGAAACACGGAAUAAUGGCGCAUCACCUGGAAAACUGCCUGCAUCUUUGUGUUUUUGUUGUUUUUUUGUUUGUCUAUCACACCAGUGUAUGUUAGAUACAGAGUAGAGGCCAUGUAUACUGGAACCUGAGUACACUGUCUGUGGUGUAUUAGCACUUUAUUGGUACAGGUACUACCUUGGAAACAGACAUAGUCACUCAUACAUGCCACAGCCAGUAAGUCAAGUCCAUGAAGGAUAGAUUGCCAAGCUAGCAAGACGCCUAGCUACUGAGGAGAAUAAUUUGUUUACAUGAAAUGAAAAACCAGGCAUUUAGAUCUGAUUCUGUAUAUGUGUGCAUAUUUAGGAGUACGCUUGUUGGUUAGAAUUUAAAUUAAUAUUUUGUAUUUUCUUUUGUCUGCUUUUGAUACUCACAGGGCUCCUUUAUUUCCAGUUCAGCUCCAGGUAGAUAAUAAUGGCUAUCGGAGACUAUGGUGAAUGGGUUCUAAGUGCAAAAACAUGUUUUAGGUGAAAGAGUUGUUUUCCCGUGGCACAACAAAGAAUUCCUUUCAUUUCUACUCCACUGUUCCUGCACGUCUUUUGCACUGCUGCCACAUUACUUACAUAUUCCUUAGUCUUUUUUUAUCGAAUAACAUUAUGCUGUCAUCAGUUUAAAAGAAAUGCUGGGACGUCUGUCAUAGAUCUGCAUCAUCAAAUAGUUUGAUCUUGGAUGGUUGCAAACAUCCUCGUGCAAUAAAAAACUGUAGAUGUGUCUUUUAAUAAAGCAUGUAUAUUGUAUAUUGUUUUUGGUUGCUU